AAAAAUAAAGUGAAGUCACCACACCCACCACCAGCUCAUCCGUCAACAUAUUCUCAGAUCCCUCAGAUGGCGUCAGCCCUACUCUCCGGAUCCAAAUACUCCGACGGACUCACCGUCGUCGGAAUAUCACUCUGCACCGCCGUUGUCUGCGAAGCCAUCUCAUGGAUUCUGAUCUACCGCACCGCCUCCUACAAAUCCCUCAAAUCCACAAUCGACAAAGCUUCCAAAAAGCUCGAGACUAUGAAAACAACAGACGCCAGUCCGGCCUCCUCAAACCUCCUCAAAAAAUCAUCCAAAAUCAAAAAGAUGGACCGGGUCGAAUCAUCCCUGAAGGAAUCGAGCCGCGACCUCUCGAUUUUCAAGUUCAAAUCGGGCGGCGUUGUUGCCCUAGUUCUGUUCAUGGUGUUUGGAUUGCUCAACAGUUUGUUCGAGGGGAAAGCUGUCGCGAAAAUUCCGUUCGUUCCGAUUAGAUUGGUGCAGAAGAUGAGCCACAGGGGAUUGACCGGCGAUGACAUGACGGAUUGUUCGAUGGCGUUUUUGUACUUGCUGUGCUCGAUUAGUAUUAGGACCAAUUUGCAGAAGUUUUUGGGAUUCUCGCCGCCACGUGGAGCUGCUGGUGCUGGGUUGUUCCCGAUGCCCGAUCCCAAGUCCAGUUGAAGAAUGGAGAGUGCUUAUCCACUUGGAUUGGAUGAUUUGGGCAUUGACGGGUUCUUUGUUGCUUUUUUGUUUUUGUUUUUUUUUAAAUUAUGAUUCUUUAUGGUCUUCGAAGAAGAAUAUUUAUAUUCAGCCUCUUUUAAUUGUUAAAUUCUUAAAAUUUUUAAUAAAGCUCUUUAAUUUCAAUUUA